ACCCGCGCCCACCGGGAAGGAUGAAGAAGAACAAUUCGACCAAACGGGGGCCGCAGGAUGGAAAUCAUCAGUCUGCACCACCCGAGAAGGUCGGCUGGGUCCGGAAAUUCUGUGGGAAAGGGAUUUUCAGGGAGAUUUGGAAAAAUCGCUAUGUGAUGCUGAAAGGGGACCAGCUCUACAUCUCUGAGAAGGAGGUAAAAGAUGAGAAAAAUAUUCAGGAGGUGUUUGACCUGAGUGACUAUGAAAAGUGUGAAGAGCUCCGGAAAUCUAAGAGCAGAAGCAAGAAAAAUCAUAGCAAGUUCACCCUUGCCCACUCUAAACAGCCCGGUAAUACGGCACCCAACCUGAUCUUCCUGGCAGUGAGUCCAGAAGAGAAGGAAUCAUGGAUCAAUGCCCUCAACUCUGCUGUCACCCGAGCCAAGAACCGCAUCUUGGAUGAGGUCACUGUUGAGGAGGACAGCUAUCUCGCCCACCCUACUCGAGACCGGGCAAAAAUCCAACACUCCCGCCGCCCCCCAACUCGGGGACACCUAAUGGCUGUGGCUUCAACUUCUACCUCGGAUGGGAUGCUAACCUUGGACCUUAUCCAGGAGGAAGAUCCUUCCCCUGAGGAACCAACCUCUUGUGCUGAGAGCUUUCGGGUGGACUUGGACAAGUCUGUGGCCCAGCUGGCAGGCAUUCGGCGGAGAGCAGACUCAGACAGGAUCCAGCCCACCUCAGACCGGGCAAGCAGCCUUUCCCGACCCUGGGAAAAGCCAGACAAGGGGGCCACCUACACCCCCCAGGCACCCAAGAAGUUGACCCCCACAGAGAAAGGCCGCUGUACCUCCCUGGAGGAGAUCCUAUCUCGGCGGGACGCUGCCCCAGCCCGUACCCUCCAGUUGCGAGCCGAAGAACCCCCUACCCCCAUCCUACCCAACCCGGGGCAGCUGUCCCGGAUCCAGGACCUGGUAGCAAGGAAACUGGAGAAGACUCAGGAGCUGUUGGCAGAGGUUCAGGGACUGGGAGACGGGAAGCGAAAGGCCAAGGACCCCCCUGGGUCUCCUCCUGACUCUGAGUCAGAGCAGCUGCUGCUGGAGACUGAGCGCCUGCUGGGGGAGGCAUCAUCGAAUUGGAGCCAGGCCAAGAGGGUGCUGCAGGAAGUUAGGGAGCUGAGGGACCUAUACAGACAGAUGGACCUGCAGACCCCAGACUCCCACCUCAGACACAGUACCCAACACAGCCAGUACCGGAAGAGCCUAAUGUAAGGGAAGAGGACAGGGUCUGAAACUCUUGGGGGGUGGACAGACUCUUAUCGCCAAGUGUUGCAGGAUAAAGCUUUUUUAUUUACCUCAAUCAAAAAAGAAAAA